AUGUCCAAGCUCUUCAUUGGUGGCCUUGCCUGGCACACGGACGAUGGCACACUCCGCCAGAAGUUCGAGGAGUUCGGUCAAGUCGAGGAAGCCGUCAGUGACACACUCGUGGCGCCCGUCACUGUCGUCGUGAAAGACCGCGAUACCGGUCGCAGCAGGGGCUUCGGCUUUGUGCGCUUCGCCAACGAUGCCGACGCUGAUGCCGCCAUGAACGCUCUUAACAACGAGGAGUUCGAUGGACGUAGGAUCCGUGUCGACAAGGCCUCUGACCGCGCUAGCGGUGGCGGCGGUGGUGGUCGCGGAGGAGGCUACAGCGGAGGAGGCGGAUAUGGCCGUGGAGGUGGCGGUGGCUACGGUGGUGGCCAGGGAGGAUAUGGCGGCGGUGGCGGACGUGAAGGCUACGGCGGCGGACAGGGUGGCGCAUCUUGGGGACCUCCUCAGGGCGGCCAGGGCGGCUACCCUCCUCGUGGCGGUUACCAGGGUGGUGGUGGCCAGGGAGGCUAUGGUGGCCAGGAGCAGCAGGGUGGCGGCCAGCAAUACUAGAUGUUGCUACUGGCCUCUUGCUCGCAGCUUAUGAUCGAUCUCUCGGCACGGCGGCAUAUGGCGGACGGAGUUCUGGGGUUGUGAGUGGCCGUUAUACAUGGUACACUUCGUAAUGUUACAGGUUCGAAUGGGCGCUGGCAACCCAAUGGACACCCGAGCUUGCAUGGAAUCUCUCAGAGUGGGAGUGGUUGGUACGGACGAGUAUGGUUAUACCCACUGUGCUGCUACUCUGUACACUUAGUAUGCGUCAAAAAAGAUUUGUUUCAUUG